AUGCUCAGAGCUUUCCUGGUGAAGAAGUUGUGUGUUUUCAUCGGCAAGAGGAACUGGAGCGAACUUCCCAAUGAAGAAAGGGGAGAGAUUUACAUCCCAGUCUCGCUGGGGGGUAUUCCCUGGAACGUCCUGGAGCCUCCCAUCACGGAACCUCCUUCGUUCUCGACGCUGCUGGGCAUGACAAUACGAGACUCCAGCUACAUGGCAGCACAGCCCCAUGGUAUGGCCCAGGUCCAUAGUGGGAUACCCCAGGAUGGAGAGACAGGAUUCUUGCACCCCAAGAUUAAGGUGACCCACGGCAAAGGGCCAGGUGAGCAGUUGUCUUGCCCCAUUUGCCAGAAAGGGUUCUCCUACCAGCGGAUGCUGAACUGCCACUUGAAAUGCCACAGCCAAGUGAAACAGCAUCUGUGCCCCUAUUUCAAUAAAAACUUCAAUGACACCUUUGACCUCAAACAUCAUGUCCAGGUGUUCAACUCCGUGUGUGAACUCUGUGACAAGGCUUUCACCCAAUGCUGUUCCCUGGAAUCCCACCUAAAAAAGAUCCAUGGGGUGCAACAAAGGAGCACUGUGCCAAGCUGUAUAUUGCUGAUAUCGCAGAAAGCAGCUCCAGCUCAUCUCCUUUUCCUAAUCCUAUAUUAUCAAGUGACCUUUCCAUUAACAAAGUGA